AUGCAGGAAGAAGAAACAUAUACCUCUCUUCAGUGGGAUGAUCCAACAUCAAAUGAUUAUGAAAAACCUCUGUUUUCCAACAAAUGUUCAAGAAUAUGGUGUCUUGUGAUGGUGAUCUCAUGUAUUUUCUGCAUGGCUUCAUUAAUAACUUCCAUUUUCUUGGGCAUCAAGUUGUUUCAGAUAUCCACUAUUGCAAUGAAACAGCAAGAAAAACUCACCCAACAGAACAGAACAUUGUUAAACUUUAUGCAAUGGAAGAAAAAGCAUGACUUUCAGAUGAAAUGUUGUCAAACUUUGAUGCAAAACUCUUUUGGCUCAGCCCAAAAAUGUGGUCCUUGCCCAGACAACUGGAUUCAGAAUGAAGAAAGCUGUUAUUAUGUCUCUAAAAAAUGGAAUGUUUGGCACCAGAGUAAAGAAGAUUGCUUCAAGGAGGGAUCCAAGCUUCUACAAAUAAACAGCAAAAAAGAAAUGGAUUUUAUCACUGACUUCUUGAGGACCAAAAAUGACGACGAAUACUGGGUGGGACUGUCUCAGGAUGGGGUCAGUGGUCCUUGGCUUUGGCAAGAUGGCUCCUCUGUUUCCUCUGACCUGUCAAUUCAGAGACUUCAAUCAAUUAACCAGGGUUGUGGAUACCUCAAGCACAAGUCCCUUUUUCCAGAUAACUGUAGCAGUUGGAAAUAUUUUAUCUGCGAGAUGUGA